UUGAUAUCAUUGUCAACUUACAAGUGAGUGCGUGCAGAGAAAACCUUCGUUCCCUUAAGUCGAGAGCUAAACAUCAAACAAAACCAAAAUGAAGACCAUGUGUGCUAUUGCUGUUCUUGCCACCGUUUUGGUGAUGGCUAACUGUGCUCCUUAUCAAAUUGCUUAUUUGGUACCGGUGGAAGCUCCGCUGAACCGAGUGGCUCGUUCGGCCCAAUUUGGACAUGGACACGGAGGGCACGGUGGUCUCUCUGCAAGCGCGGCCAAUGCCGCUUCUCAAUCAUUCACUCAUGGCCACCACCAUGGUGGCUUCGGAUAUCCAGGAUUCAGCGGAAGUGCAGCUAACGCAGCUGCUCAAAGCUUCUCCAGUGGUGGACAUCAUGGAUUCGGUGAUUUCAGCGCAUCAGCUGCCAACGCCAAUUCGCAUUCCUUCAGUGGAUAAGCACUUUAGCUUAAACAUAGACAGGAAAAUACUCAAACAAGUUCGAUCACCCUGCAAAUACUUGGGAACACGAGAAAUAAUUUUGUUGCGGACACCAUGCUGUUGUAAUAGUUAGAAAAGAUAUUUUUUUACAAAUCAGUCGCACACACCUAAAUUAUUAAAUUAACGCUCAUAUCAUAACAUCGGUUAUAAACUAUGCAGCAAAAAUAUAUAAGUAAUUUAUUAAACUUAA